CUGACCGACACCUGAGGGGCCGGUCCUGGACCGAGGGUUAGGCCUCUCCCUCCUGGGGUUCAGGUGAACGUCCCCCCAGACCUGGGCCGCGCGGCUCAAACGCGAGGCCCGCGAUCAGGGGGUGAGCGGAGCCCGCACAGGACCAAGGAGGACCUCCCCGGACCCCGAGACCCCUGCGUCGCCCUGCCGCCCACAACCGUCCGUUCUGGGACAGGGGCCGUCGGCCUAGGUUGUCCCAAUUCUAAGAUGAGAUGCUUUAGGAGCCACCAUGGGACUGACAAGGUCCAGAGCAGACCUUCCCUAGUUGCCACCCCGAGUGCCGUGUUGUUUUUGUCCAGAGAAUAUGUAAAGUAGGUGCUUUGUACUGGACAAAAGCGGGGUGUUCACCUGCUCCCUUACCUGUCUCAGGUGUGCGCCUCGUCGGGGCCCGUCCCUGCCCUGGGAGGCGGGGCCAAGCGGAGAGUGCCCUUCCUGUUCCUGGGUAGGUGUCCGCAGCUCGAGGGGCGCCGGAGAGGACCAGGCUCCGGGGUCACAAUGAAUAAUCCUAUACCUUCCAAUUUGAAAUCGGAAGCAAAAAAGGCUGCUAAAAUUCUAAGAGAAUUCACAGAAAUAACUUCCAGAAAUGGACCUGAUAAGAUCAUUCCUGCCCACGUAAUUGCUAAAGCCAAAGGCCUUGCGAUUUUGUCUGUGAUAAAAGCUGGAUUUCUGGUAACUGCUAGAGGAGGCAGUGGGGUCGUGUUGGCACGUCUUCCAGAUGGAAGUUUGUUUGUUUUAGGCAAGUUGAACCCACCCAUAGAAGUGACGGCAUUAUAUUCUUUUGAAGGUCAGCAGCCAGGGGAUUUGAAUUUUCACGCUGGAGACAGAAUCACAGUUAUAUCACAAACAGAUUCACAUUUCGAUUGGUGGGAAGGGAAACUUCGAGGUCAAACUGGCAUUUUUCCAGCCAACUAUGUUACCUUGAAUUAAAGUUUAUAUAAUUUUCUUCUUUGAGAAUUUUAAAACAUUUAUUUCUCCACUGACAGGAUUUACUCUUCAGUUAUGCAAUGUGUAAUAUAAAUUUUAAAAUACUGCUCUUUAUAAACUUUUAUCUAAAUGUAAAAGAUUUUUUUCUCUCUAUAAAUGGUUAACUUACAUAUCUUUAAAUACUUUGUACUAAUUUUAUCACAUAUACUAUUUAAAGUUAAUAUGCUCCAAUUCCUAUGGUCACAGUCCUUUUGUGUUCAUUUUCAAGCAUCACUAAACCUGUGAUUGGCUCUGUAUAUGGUAAUUGCUUAUUCUAAUUUGAGAAUCUUAAGGGUAGGGGCAUGAAUACCAACUCAGGUAUUUCUAUUUGCAAAGUGACUAGAGAAGAAGGAAUCAGCUUAAGGAAAGUAUUACAUAAUCCUUCUAGUUUUAGGGACAAGCUACGAUAUGAAUCCUUAAAAAUGAUCGUUAUUCCUUCAAAAAUUACAUAUAUGUAUAUUGGUAGCAGAAACAUGCUGUUGCAAAGUUCAGCCACUCUGCAUUAAACAAAGAUGACAUUAACUUUUCUUCUGCAUGAGGUUAUGUUUAUUCAUUUCUAGUAGGAGAAUCAACUUAUGUUGACAUGGCCUAGUUGUCUCUAAAUAAAUGUUUUUUAAAUGAUAA